CGAAAGACAAACACCUCCCAAAUCUUUCAACAUGGCUGCCCGUCCUCAGAACAUUGGCAUCAAGGCCAUUGAGAUCUACUUCCCCAGCCAGUAUGUUGAGCAGACUGAGCUCGAGAAGUUCGAUGGCGUCAGCACUGGAAAGUACACCAUUGGUCUUGGCCAGACCAAGAUGUCCUUCUGCGAUGAUCGCGAGGACAUCUAUUCGUUCGCCCUGACCGCUACCAAGAACCUCCUCAAGAACUACAACGUUGACCCCAACUCAAUUGGUCGUCUCGAGGUCGGCACUGAGACCCUCCUCGACAAGUCCAAGUCGGUCAAGACUGUUCUCAUGCAGCUCUUUGGCGACAACACCAACAUCGAGGGUGUCGACACCAUCAACGCCUGCUACGGUGGUACCAACGCCGUCUUCAACACCAUCAACUGGGUCGAGUCCUCUGCUUGGGACGGCCGUGAUGGCAUUGUUGUGGCUGGUGACAUUGCCCUCUACGCCAAGGGUAACGCUCGUCCCACUGGCGGUGCUGGCGCUGUUGCUCUGCUCAUCGGCCCCAACGCUCCCAUUGUCGCUGAGCCUGGUCUGCGCGGUACCUACAUGCAGCACGCCUACGACUUCUACAAGCCCGACCUGACCAGCGAGUACCCCUACGUCGACGGUCACUACUCCAUCAACUGCUACACCAAGGCUCUCGAUGCCGCUUACCGUGACUACUGCAAGCGUGAGGCCAAGCAGUCCACCAACGGUGUCACCAACGGCAGCGACCCUAACCGAACCAACCUCGACCGCUUCGAUUACCUUGCCUUCCACUCUCCUACUUGCAAGCUCGUCCAGAAGUCUUAUGCCCGACUCCUCUACCACGACUACCUUGCCAACGCCGACUCCCCGGCUUUCGCCGAGGUCGCCCCUGAGCUCCGCGAUAUGGACUACGAGAAGUCUCUGACUGACAAGGUCGUUGAAAAGACCUUCAUGGGUCUCACCAAAAAGCGCUUCCAGGAGCGCGUCAACCCCUCCAUCCAGGUUGCCACCAACGUUGGUAACAUGUACUGUGGCAGUGUUUGGGGUGGUCUGGCCAGCUUGAUCAGCGUCGUCGACAACAAGGCUCUCGAGGGCAAGCGAAUUGGUCUCUUCAGCUACGGUUCCGGUCUCGCUGCCAGCUUCAUGUCUUUCCGCAUCAACGGCAACAUCGAGCGCAUCUCUGACGUUCUCGACAUUCCCACCCGCCUCGCUGCCCGCCGCGCUGUGCCCCCUGGCGACUACGACAAGAUGUGCGAUCUCCGAAAGCAGGCUCACCUCCAGAAGGACUACACCCCCAAGGGCGAGGUCUCUGGCAUUGUCCCUGGAACUUACUACCUUACCAAGGUCGACGACAUGUUCAAGCGUGAGUACGCUAUCAAGGAAUAAAGGACUCGCACUCGUUCAGCUUUAUGACCCUUCUGCUUCUCAUUCAUUUUUGACCCGGGUUUCUUUCUACUUGCUGGCCUAGCCCACAAGAGUCGCGACCCUGGACCGAGAGCAUAUCAUGAACAUGACGACUUGAGGGGAGGAAACUAGACGCAUUGGGAGGCGAACUACAGCGCUUGGCGAUAGACUUGCGCCUUGGGCGCAACGGAGAUUGACGCGGAUUCCCCCUAAUUGAGCCUACCAUGAUGGACAUGGAGGCUUGUGUAAAUAUUGGGGAUAUUGUCUCUCCUGAGAAACUGAUUUAUGCUGGAAGCUGUCAAAACCCAUAGAUGCGACCAUUUGGCGCACAAAAGAUGUCGGCAUUUGAAUACAAGACAUCUAUUUUCAAGUAAA